CUUGUUCCCUAGCGGCCGGGGCUGCUGGGGGCUGCCAGCCCCGCGCCACUUCCCGGAGCCGCCCCGGCCCGCCCCAGACUUGGAUCAUCUACCUAAUGAACAAACAUGAGUCAUUUGAGAUUUCUCUUAGCUACCAUGAAACCGCUUGGUAUACAGUUUCUGAUAAAGCAAGAUGUAGCCAGAAAGGUAUUUCUGCAGAGUCAACGAUGUGUUUCGUCAGGAUCCACAGAACCAUUCUUGAGUGGAAGUAAUUCAAAUUAUGUAGAGGAAAUGUACUACACAUGGCUUGAAAACCCUAAAAGUGUGCAUAAGUCUUGGGACUUGUUUUUCCGAAAUGCUAAUGCUGGGGCUCCUCCUGGUCAAGCAUACCAGACACCCUUACCAGACCUUUCAAAAAGCAGAGCGUUGUUGUUUCAGAGCCAUGGAUUGGCAAAGACACCGGGUCAAGCUGAAAAAUUGCUUGAGGACCAUCUUGCUGUGCAGUCUUUGAUCAGAGCAUAUCAAAUCCGUGGACAUCAUGUGGCGCAGUUGGAUCCCCUAGGAAUCUUGGAUGCAGAUUUGGAUUCAUUUGUUCCAUCUGAUUUAAUCACUACUAUUGAUAAACUGGGGUUUUAUGGCUUGCACGAAUCUGACUUGGACAAGGUUUUUCGAUUGCCUACAACCACCUUCAUAGGAGGAGAUGAGACUGCUCUUUCUUUACGAGAGAUCAUCAAGCGGCUGGAGAAUACAUACUGUCAGCACAUUGGACUGGAAUUCAUGUUCAUCAAUGAUGUGGAGCAAUGCCAGUGGAUCCGGCACCAGUUUGAAACUCCAGGCGUCAUGAAAUUUACAAAUGAGGAAAAACGGACAUUGUUGGCUAGGCUGGUACGCUCCAUGAGGUUUGAAGACUUCCUUGCCCGCAAGUGGUCUUCAGAGAAGCGCUUUGGUUUGGAAGGAUGUGAAGUUAUGAUUCCUGCUCUUAAGACCAUCAUUGACAAAUCCAGUGAAAUGGGAGUUGAAUAUGUAAUAAUGGGGAUGCCUCACAGAGGUAGGUUGAAUGUACUGGCCAAUGUCAUCCGAAAGGAAUUGGAGCAGAUCUUCUGUCAGUUUGAUCCAAAACUUGAAGCAGCGGAUGAGGGCUCUGGGGACGUUAAAUAUCAUUUGGGAAUGUAUCACGAGAGGAUCAACCGAGCAACAAAUAAGAAUAUCACUCUGUCGCUUGUGGCUAACCCAUCUCAUUUGGAAGCAGUUGACCCUGUUGUUCAGGGGAAGACCAAAGCUGAACAGUUUUACAGAGGGGAUACAGCGGGGAAAAAGGUCAUGUCCGUACUACUACAUGGAGAUGCUGCCUUUGCUGGACAGGGAGUGGUUUAUGAAACCUUUCAUCUCAGUGACCUCCCGUCAUAUACCACAAAUGGCACUAUUCAUGUUGUGGUCAAUAACCAGAUUGGCUUCACCACUGAUCCCCGCAUGGCUCGCUCAUCUCCAUAUCCUACAGAUGUUGCCCGGGUGGUCAAUGCACCCAUAUUCCAUGUGAAUGCUGAUGACCCUGAAGCAGUGAUGCACGUGUGCAAUGUAGCUGCAGAAUGGAGAAACACAUUCAAUAAAGACGUGGUUGUGGAUUUAGUUUGUUACCGAAGGAGAGGCCACAAUGAAAUGGAUGAGCCCAUGUUCACCCAGCCCCUGAUGUAUAAGCAGAUUCACAAGCAGGUACCAGUGCUGAAGAAGUAUGCUGACAAGCUGAUUGCAGAUGGGACUGUAACACUGCAGGAGUUUGAGGAAGAAAUUGCAAAGUAUGACAAAAUCUGCGAAGAAGCUUAUACUAGAUCAAAGGAUAAGAAAAUUCUACACAUUAAGCACUGGCUCGAUUCACCUUGGCCUGGAUUUUUUAAUUUAGAUGGAGAACCAAAGAGCAUGACUUGUCCUCCAACGGGCAUCCCAGAAGAUAUGCUGAACCACAUUGGCAAAGGAGCAAGCUCUGUGCCCCUCGAGGGUUUCAAAAUACAUGGAGGACUUUCUCGCAUCUUGAAAAGCCGAUUGGAAAUGACCAAGAACAGAGUUGUUGAUUGGGCCUUGGGAGAAUACAUGGCUUUUGGAUCUUUGCUGAAAGAAGGGAUCCAUGUCCGACUGAGUGGGCAGGAUGUGGAAAGGGGAACUUUCAGCCAUCGCCACCAUGUGCUACAUGAUCAAGAAGUUGACAAGAGGACAUGUGUUCCCAUGAAUCACCUCUGGGAGCAGCAAGCCCCCUACACUGUGUGCAAUAGCUCUCUUUCGGAGUAUGGCGUUUUAGGUUUUGAACUUGGCUUUGCCAUGGCAAGUCCCAAUGCUCUGGUGUGCUGGGAAGCGCAGUUUGGCGACUUCCACAACACUGCUCAGUGCAUAAUAGACCAAUUUAUCAGCUCAGGACAGGCUAAGUGGGUUCGUCACAAUGGGAUUGUGCUGCUUUUGCCACAUGGAAUGGAAGGAAUGGGCCCAGAGCAUUCUUCAGCAAGGCCGGAGAGGUUUCUGCAGAUGAGCAAUGAUGAUUCCGAUGCAUAUCCAGAAUUCAGUGCUGCAGACUUUGAAGUUUCCCAGCUCUAUGAAUGCAACUGGAUUGUGGUGAAUUGCUCAACUCCAGCCAAUUACUUUCAUGUCCUCAGAAGACAGAUCUUGCUGCCAUUCAGAAAACCUCUUAUUAUAUUUACACCCAAGUCACUGCUGAGACAUCCUGAAGCGAAAUCCAGUUUUGAUGAAAUGGUAUCUGGUACCAGUUUCAGGCGUGUGAUUGCUGAAGAUGGGGCUGCGGCAAAGACACCGAAUGAGGUUAAACGGGUGAUUUUCUGUACAGGGAAGGUAUACUAUGAUCUCAUUAAAGAGAGAAAGAGUCAAGAUUUGGAGAAACAAGUGGCUAUAACUAGGCUGGAGCAGAUCUCUCCAUUCCCCUUUGAUCUGGUAAAAGAAGAACUUGAGAAAUAUCCUGGCGCUGAACUGGUGUGGUGUCAGGAAGAGCACAAGAACAUUGGAUACUAUGAUUAUGUCAAACCUCGUUUCCGAACCAUUGUGAAUCACACUCGGCCCAUAUGGUAUGUUGGCCGAGAACCAGCUGCUGCUCCUGCCACAGGUAACAAGAAUGCUCACCUGGUAUCGCUCAGGAGAUUCCUGGACACAGCUUUCAACCUGGACGCCUUUGAAGGAAAGAAGUUCUGACUCUAAGACUUCGGCCACCCUCUCCAUGCAGCGUUAUCAUAAAACACCACUUUCAAGGGUGUCAAUAAAAGUGCAUAGAAAAUGUAGAUUUUGAUUUUUGGGUUUCUAAGGUAAAAGGCUCUGGGUAGCUCUUCCCCUCAAACGCACUGUUGGCAAAUUGGGGAAGGAAGGAAGUAAAACUGACAAAUGUGUGUAAAGAGAGAAUCCAGAUAUAGGGCUGCUCAUAAGGCAAUAACCCUACAAAAUGUUAGUGAAGGGGUGAGGAGUGAGGAAAGCAUGUUAGGCUCCUGGUGCCAUAGGACACCUAAUUCUCACUUUAAGUUUCAUUACAGCAAUUCUUUUUCUAGAUGAUAUAGUAAAUUGACUCAAUGGUUCCUAACAUUUUUGAUACUGGGGACCGGCAAACCCAUUCACAAACUUUUAGUGGACUGGCAAUUUGUAUUUGCAUAUUCAUUAUGCAAAUUAUGAAUGUGCAAAUAUGCAAAUUUUAAAGCACAGCCUCCAGAACCCCCAGUGUCAGCACUAAUCCCUACAGCCCCUCACCCCUCCACUAUCCCCCAGCACCAGUCACUAACCAGAGUCCCUGCACUCAACCCCCCACGCCAGUCUCCUGCCCUCAGAACUCCUCUGUGCCGGCUCCCCACCCCAAACACCUCAGUGCCAGGCCCUCGUCCCUUAGAACCCCCCACCACAAGCCUCCUGUUUCCAGAGCCCAAACGCACCAAGCCCUCCAGAGCCAACCCUGCCUCUAUAGCGACCCCAGCACUAGCUCUGCCCCUGGUGCCCCUAGUGCCUGCCCACCCCCUCACCUAGCCCUGUGCUUCUGCCGGCAUCGCAGUGGUGCUGGGGUAUACCAGCCAUGGCGGGAAGGGAGGAGCU